AUGGCUAGAUGUCAUCAGCAUUCAAGAACAAUAAGGGAACUGCCGGCAAAUGUUAAGGAUAGAAUUUUGGAGUGUUUGCCCACUCGAGAUGCUGCUAGAACUGCUCUGCUCUCAAAGCACUGGCACAAUGUUUGGUUGGGGCAUGGCCGCCUUGUGUUUGAUUCCGACUUCUUUCAAUUCCUUGGAAAAUCUGAAGAUGAUGAUAAAUCCAUAAGUUUCGUGAAUAUAAUACAUAAUGUUCUCUUGCUCCGCACUGGACGGGUUAAGAAAUUUACUCUAGAGAUUAACAAAGCACAAGAUCAUAUGCCACAACAGUCUGAUUUAGAUCUUUGGUGUUCUUUCUUGUCAAGAAAUGGUGUUGAGGAACUUAACAUAUCGUUUUUUGGUCUUGAUGAGCAUUUAUAUAAGCUGCCAGAUUGUAUUGUCUCGUGCCAGACAAUUAAGCAACUGAAACUCCAAGGUUUCCUUAUUGAUUUGCCGGUAAAUAUUGGUUGUAUAUUUGCCGGUGUAACUUCAUUAGCUCUCGAGAAUCUUAAUUUUAAGCCUAGUGUUUAUGGAAUUGGCUCUAGUGUUAUUAGUAUUCCUAAUCUUGAGAAACUAGCUUUCCGAUUUUGUUAUGGGAUCGAGAGUUUCGAGAUUAGUGCUCCAAAACUUGAAACCUUUUAUGCUAUUAGUAUUAAGCAUGCCGAGCUUGCCGUGGUUGAAUAUAGAUGUUUUAGGCUACAUUUGAAAGGAAUUAAGACUCUAUGCUUAUCCGGAGUUUUGUUGUUGUGUAAAGAUGUUGCAGGAGCCUUAUAUAUGUAUCCAAUUGCAAUAAAUCUGCAAGUAAUGAAGCUGCAUGAUUUAAGUUUUGGUUGUGGGAAGCAGCUCACCGUUGCUAUGCAAUUGCUUCAAAAAUUCCCCAACCUAUGUGAACUCGAUAUUAUAGCAAAACAGUCAAGUAGUACGGAUGACAAACAUGCUGCUUCAAGACUUUUGAACGAUCCAGACCGUUGCUUUAUUAAUAAGGAUCUAAGGAUGCUUAAAACAGUCAAGAUCGUAUCAUUCAGUGGAUCCGAACUUGAAAUACUCUUUGUGAAAAUGCUACUCUCUAAAUCUCCUUCGUUAGAGAACGUUGUUAUUCAGGAAACUGAAAAAAUCAAAAGCUCCAUGAAAACCCUAAGGAAGUUGUUGAGUUUUCCUCGUGCAUCUCCGAAAGCACAACUUGUCUGCAUGAAGUACAAGUCAUCAGCCAAUAGCCUUGUUGAUUACUUGAACUUUUAG